AUGUCUACGGAUAUUGUAAAGUGUACACAGUGUAAUAUCGUUAUAAACGAGCUACUAUGUUUCGUGCAAAAUAAAAUUGACGUGAUGGACGAAGAAAGUUUAAUACGCCUCAUUGUGGGUGAAUUCUCAACCUUAGAAAUAAAUAAUGCAAAAGAGUUGUUGUUUUCGUCGAUUUCAACUACCGUCAAAAAUAUUUCAAGACGUAAAAAUAGGGAACAAAAGGAAACAGAAGACAUUAUAUGCGUACUUAAGAAUACAGAUCCGGAUAAAACACCUAUUUUUGUGGCAAAAGAAUUACAAAAACUGCCGCCUGUAACUUUUGAUCACAUAGAUGCCACUAGGUUGUUAAAGGACAUAAUCGUAUUACAAUCAGAUGUCAAACAGAUAAAGGACACCUAUGUUACGAAUGAGCGGUUAAAUAAUUUAAAAAUUGAAUUAAAUAACAUGAAAUACGCAUCAUUAGUAAAUUGUGACAAUGUAAACAAUAAACGAGGCGCGUAUUUGUUGGAUAGCGGACCGGCCGGGUUUUUAAAUGUUUCACGUACACCCGCAAAAAAUAGUACACCAGAGAAAAAAGAUGUUUUUCAACAGUCUGUCUUACGAUCACACUCGCAGGAUAAAAUAAAUACGUCGCCGCAAUCACAAACUAGCGAUAUCUCAUUUGUACCUACAAAUGUAGUUAAUUCACCUCAUCGAAUAUCGCAAAUACGUGAAUCACACACGCAGACAGCGGGUGUUACUACGGCAUCGACGGGAUCGGACUCUCGGCAAGCAGUCAUGUUUACAAUAACCAAACAGCUGACUGCCGGCACCGCUGCUCACACCGUAGCGAAUCCUGUUAGUAGUGUGUGCAUGAGUGAGAACGAUAAGUCGAUGGCAGGAAUUGUUAAAGAAAAAUGGAAACCUGAAAAAACACCUGAAAAAUGGGUUCAGGUACAGCGAAAAAAACAUAGAAACAGAAUCGAAAGUAUUAGAGGAAAAGCUAAAAUAAAUCCUAAAGAUAGAUUUAAACCAGCCGAUUUAAAAAUACCAUUAUUUGUAUCAAACGUUCAUAAGGAUACCUCAGAAGAAGAUAUUAUGGAUUAUAUUCUGCUGAAAACAAGGGAAACUGUUUUCCUUCAGAAAAUUAAAAUGAAAACUGAGCGUGGCUAUAAUGCGUACAAAAUUAUGGUGGCGAAGCAUAAACUCAACUUAUUUUUAAACGAUGAAAUUUGGCCCGACGCGACAAGCAGAUAA